GGAGCAUGCGCACGGGCUCUGCGGCGGGCGAGCGCGGUGUCGGCGCGGGGACGCGGGGCGGCGUGAAGCCGGGCCCUUUGCCGCCCCGCGCUCCCAUGUACGCCUUCUACUCGCUGCUCAUCUACAUCUUCUACAGCCUCUUCCGCAGGGAUGGCGGGGCCGCGGCGGCCGCCGACGCUGAAAACCCGGCCCAGAGCGCCCGCUGUAAACCCGGGAGUCGCCGCCGCGCCUACCAGCCAACCGCUGAGCUGUGGACCGAGCUGACCGGCCUGGUCGGCUCUUCGGAGGCCGAGGAUGGGUCGGGAGGGGGAGCCGAGCGCUGUCCGGCGGAGGUCUCCCUGGAAGAGGCUCUCGUGCGUCUCGCCGAGUUCCUCUCAGUCCAGCUGGGGGCGGAAGAGAGCUUUGGGACUCCUCCCGACCUGAGCAAGCCCGGUGAUGUUCCCCCACUGUUGACGGUGACUGGUCAACUCUUGGCUCUCCUGGCAUGGAUUCGAAGUCCCAGGGGCAGGCAGGCCCUGUCCCAGGGGACGCAGCCUGUCUCAGGGGUGCAACACCCUCCUCCUGCUGGAUCCCCAUUGCAAGAAGAAAGCCCUUCCCUUUCACAAAGGGGCGAGGCCCAGGGACAGCAGCCUCCUCAGCUGGAGGAGGACCAGAGGGCUUGGCAGCGGCUGGAACAGCUCAUCCUUGGACAGUUGGAAGAGCUGAAGCAGCAGCUGGAACAUCAGGAGGAGGAGCUGGGCCAGCUGCGCCUGGGAGUGGGAGCAACAGACUCAGAGAAAAGGGUUCAGCAUCUGACUCUGGAGAACAAAGCCCUGAAACAGAGCUUGAGCCUUACUCGGGACCUCCUGCUGCACUGGGGCCCUGCCCCCAACACCAGGGCCCCCCAGGAGGAGGCAGAAGCCCUGCUGGAGCUCCGGGGGCGGCUUCAAGAAGCCCAGGACACCACGGAAGCCCUCCGAGUCCAGCUAGGGGUGCAGGAGGUGCAGCUGCAGGGCCUUCAGGGGGCCCUCCGGCAGCUCCAGCAGGAGACUGAGCAGAACUGCAGGAGGGAGCUGCAGCAGAUGCGAGGGCAGCUGGCAGGACUUCGUGCUCGCAUGGCCAGCUUGCGUCAGGGCUGUGGGGACCUCCGGGGACUCGUCAGCACCUUUACCCAGAGCUGCCAGGGUUCUCUGAGCGAAGCCCAGGGACAGGUUUCCUGGGCUCUGGGGGCACUGUCAGCUGAUGGGGCUGGGACUCAGCUCGCAGAGGUGCGGCAGGGGCCUCUGCCUGGAUGCCCAGGGCGGCUGCUGGAGCUCAAGGGAAACAUCCGUGUGCUGUGUCGGCUGAGGCCAGGGACACCCUCCAGCCUGGUGAGCUUAGAGCCUGGCCCGGGUGGCACUGUUACCACCUGCUAUCGAGGGCACCAGCGUCGCUUCCGCCUAGACUGGGUCUUCCCUCCGCACGCCAGCCAGGAGGAGGUCUUCAGGGAGCUGGAGUCUGCUGUGCUGUCCUGCCUCGGGGGCUACAGUGUCUGCAUUUUCACCUACGGUCAGACAGGGACGGGGAAGACCUACAGCAUGGAGGGCCCGCCCGAGGACCCCGGCAUCGCUCCUAGGGCGCUGCAGUCACUGUUCCGGGAGAUGGGCACAGGCGGGCAGCACCGUGUGACCCUCAGCAUGGUGGAGAUCUACAACGAGGCUGUCAGGGACCUCCUUGCCCCAGGGCCUCCCCAGCGCCUGGCAGUGAGGCAGGGCCCAGCAGGCCAGGGGGGAAUCCAGGUGGCCGGCCUCACCCACUGGGACGUGCCCAACCUGGAAUCUCUGCACCAGAUGCUGAGCCUGGGGAGGAGCAACCGGGCCACCGCCGCCACCGCCAUGAACCAGCGCAGCUCUCGCUCGCAUGCCCUGGUCACGCUGACACUGCGCACAGCGUCCCCAUCGCGCGGUCCCGGCACCGCAGGCACGCUGCACCUCGUCGACCUGGCGGGGUCCGAGCGCGCCUGGAAGGCGGGGGCGGCCAGCUCGUCUCAGGAAGACCGGGACGGCGCCCAGCGUCUACGGGAGGCUCGGACUAUCAACCGCUCGCUGCUGGCGCUGGGAGGCGUGAUGGCCGCGCUGCGGGCCCGCCGGCCCCACGUGCCCUUCCGCGACUCGCAGCUGACGCGCCUGCUGCAGCCGGCGCUGGGCCCGGGCGCCACGGCGGUGCUGCUGCUGCAGAUCUCCACGCGGCCCGAGGAUCUCGGCGAGACCGUGUGCUCGCUCAAGUUCGCCGAGCGUGUGGGCCGAGUGGAGCUGGGGCCGGCCAGGCCCUGCAGGGCCCCCCGCUCCGGGACGCCCUCCUCCCUGAGCACCGACACACCACUCUCCGGGACUCCCUGCACCCCUACGCCGUCGCCCGGCAGCCCUCCAAGCCCCGGCCUAGACAGCGGCUCCAGCUCGGCUCUGGCACCACCGGAGGACCUGCCUUCCUAGUCCUGCCCAAGGAGCCUGGGUCACAUCUCUGCGGGCAGAGGCAGCAAAAUCCCUAUUCCCUCAUGACUUCCUUGACCUCUGGGGGCCGCUGCCCCCUAGACUGCUGGAGCCCACCCUCCUCUCCCACUCUGGAGGAGUGCUCUGCCUGGGGUAAUUAUCACACCUCCCCCCCCACCCGCCCCCCUUAUCACCAUCUGCUGUUA